AUGGGUAUAUUCAGACGCCACAGCGAGAAAGACGACCCCGAAGAUGUAUCGCCACCUUCUUCAGAGCACCUGAUUAUGGCAAUCGAACAGGAAGCGCCUCUAUUACACCUCCCGUCUGAGAUACUACAUACAGUAUGCUGUUUCCUCCCCUACCAAUCUUUGGUUUCCCUCAGUCGGACCUGUCAACAGUUACGUGCCAUUGCACUUAAGGAUUCACUCUGGGAAUCUAUCUUAAGAUCUCAUAUACCACCAGAGGACUUUCCGCGCGAUCCAUACCCAUCGCCUUCAUAUCGCGAACUCUUCAUCACUCAUCAUCCGUACUGGUUCAUCCCUAAAAGCAAGAUAUGGAUAUCAGAUGAUCCCCACACUGGCAAAGUGAUGAUCGCCAGGUACGAUCCCAGACGAGGUUGUAUCGAGGGGUAUCGCUUGUUAGCAGACAGGAAUCCUUCAGUGGGAAUGCUAUGGCUAUUCAAGCCAAGCGUGGUAAUUCAUAACUUCAAUCCCAAGGUGCAUUUAUGGGUGGAUGACCCUGUCAUCAAGAUCCCUCAUGGUCUAGUCCCAAUCAAUGCACGGCAGGGGUGGUUGAAGACGGAGAUUAGGAUGAUGGUCGGUCCAGAGCGUCGGCACACAUCAGCUUCGCUGUCUCUUUGCCGCGAUAUCCCAGAACGACUCCAAGACAAAAGCAUGAGUCUCUGGCCGCCUCGCACGAUUCCGAACAUGCCCCGAGUACGCGCUGAAAGCGUCGACAAUUUCAAGGGUUCUGGCCACAAACCCCAGGCGUGGGAUGAAAUCUCGCAGACCACAUUCCGGUUGCGUCAUUGGUCACAAUUCAGCAUCGGGAUGUCGCAAUAUGGAGUCAGGGUAGGAGAGCAAGUGAGUACCUGGACCACAUUGGAUCCCUCGCUGUACACUCCUACAGCGGACAAGCCGUACCAAGGCAUUUUCGUGGGUGAUUACGCCGGCCAUGGCUGUGAAUUUCUCUUGGUCAUGCAGACUGAAAAGAGUCGUGGUUCUGAUCCACCAAAGAAACCGCACCCAUUAUCGAUUAAACAGACAACACAACACGACAGUGAGGACGGCUCUGGCGAUGAUGGCGAUGAGAGUUGGGAAGAUUUGGGCCAACCUGAAGCGGCAUCGAGUGGCACUGAAUGGAAGGACCAUGACAUUCACCAGGGUGCAAUUGAAGCAGUGAAGUUGACUGGUGAUCCAAACGUACCUCGGGGUGAAUACACAUUCAUCGCGGAUGACAUUGGCCCUGCAGGACUGAUCAGAAUCGCCAUCGAGCCACCAUUUCCAGGGGCGAGGGUCGUGAGAAGCCGUGGACAUGUUGCCGCGCGCGGAUUUGUUAAUGAUGAGUUCAUUCCCUCGCAACUGAUUAUGAUCAACUUCAACAGGCUGGCUCAAUAUUGGGAGCCAUUUGGGCAUAUUUCGUUUUACGAAAGGGUCGAUAUCGACCGGCUGAUGGACGACACAUUUAGACCCAGGAGACAGGACCAAUCUGAUUACAUAGCGACUGUCAAGUGCUAG